AUGCAGUCAAUCACACCGGCUAAUUCCGUUAACGGAAAUGGGAAGGCGAGGUCCGUGUCGAGUAACGGGGCGAGUGGCGAGGCCAAUGCGUCCUCGCAAACUCGAGCCGCAUCGACUAGCAAGCCCAAGACCGCGCCUAAAUACAAGGCCAAGAAGGAGGAGUCCGAUGAUAGUUUUGGUAGCGAAGAUGACAAGCCCAUUGCGAAGAAGGUGCCUGCGAAGAAGAAGCGGAAGGUCAAAGACGAGAGUGACGACGAGGGUGGGGCCGCUGGGAAAAAACAACCGACAAAAAGAGGACAAAAGCGGGUUAAGGAAGAGGAGGGUUCGGAGACAGAAACUCCCCAACCGAAGAAGCGGGGAAGGGUCAAGAAGGAGGAAGGGAAUGGCAACGACGAGAAGAAGGGUAAGAGCAGGAGCAAGAAGGAGGAAGAAGAAGAGGAGGUGUACAAGUGGUGGGAGCAGAAUGAUGAGCAGGAGGUGAACGGAGAUGGUACACAGAAAUGGACGACCUUGGAGCACAAUGGAGUCAUUUUCCCUCCAACGUACGAGCCCCUGCCCAGAAAUGUGAAGAUGAAGUACAAUGGACAAUCUGUCGACUUGCUACCAGCCGCUGAGGAGGUCGCUGGCUUUUAUGCAGCUAUGCUAGAGACUGACCAUGCUCAGGACGAUGUAUUCAACAAGAAUUUCUUCAACGAUUGGUUGAAUGUUCUCAAGAAAAACCCUCCUCGUGACGGCACGAAAAUUACAGCCUUUGAGCGUUGCGAUUUCCGGCCAAUGUGGGAAUAUUUUGAGGAUGAGAAGGCGAAGAAGAAAGCACUGAGUACUGCAGAGAAAAAAGAGCUGAAGAAGAACAAGGAUGAGGCUGAAGCCAAAUUUACGACUUGCUUACUCGACGGACGCAAAGAAAAAGUGGGCAAUUUUAGGGUUGAACCUCCAGGUCUUUUUAGGGGACGAGGAGAUCAUCCUAAGAAGGGCGCGUUGAAGUUACGUGUCCGACCUGAGGAUAUCACCAUCAAUAUUGGUGCCAACUCUUCGGUGCCAGUGCCCAAUGUUCCUGGCAAGUGGAAGUCAGUUAUUCACGACAAUACCGUGACAUGGCUCGCGACAUGGGUCGAGAACAUCAACCAGAAUCACAAGUACGUUUUUCUGGCCGCUGGUAGCUCGCUUAAGGGCCAAAGCGACAUGUCAAAGUUCGAGAAAGCUAGGGAGUUGAAGAAACACGUCGAGCGGAUCCGACAAGAUUAUCAUGCGGACUUGAGGAACAAAGUCAUGGGCCUCAGGCAGCGGGCGACAGCCAUGUAUUUCAUCGACGUGCUUGCCCUCCGAGCAGGCAAUGAAAAGGGCGAGGAUGAGGCGGAUACAGUUGGCUGCUGCUCUCUGCGGUGCGAACAUGUCACGCUCGAAGAGCCAAACUUUGUCGCUUUCGACUUCCUCGGAAAGGACUCUAUCCGAUAUUACAACCGUGUCACCGUUCUCCCUCAAGUGUUCAAGAACAUUCGUCUUUUCAAGCAAGGAAAGAACGACGACGACGGGCUCUUCGACCGUGUUAAUCCGUCAAGCUUAAAUAAACACCUGCAGUCAUAUAUGAAGGGGCUCAGCGCGAAGGUCUUCCGUACUUAUAACGCAUCAAUCACUUUCCAACGUCAGUUGGACGAGGGUACCCCGGAAAACGGGACGGUCCAAGAGAAGCUCAAUCACUACAAUCAUGCCAACCGCAUGGUUGCAAUACUGUGCAACCAUCAACGGGCUGCUCCGAAAACGCACGAGCAGUCCAUGUCGAGGAUGAAGGACAGGUUGCGUGGCUUCAAGUACGAUCGCAUGAAGUUGCGUCACGGCCUAUUCGCUAUUGACUCGAAGUACAAGAAGAAUAAGAAGUAUGUCGACGAUGAGUCUGAUUUAGAUGACGACGCUGUCGCAGACCACGAGGAGACGAUGAAAGCGCUACAGAUCGAGAAGGCGCAGAAGAAGUUUGCCAAGGACAACGAGAAGCUCUUGAUAGAGGGGGAGCAGCCGCAGGCCGAUUCUGUGUUAAAGGAGAAGAUCAAAGACAUCGAGGAAGAGUUCAAGCGACUGAAAAAGGAACGGGGCACAGGUAGGGCCGCAUUUAAACGAGAGAGGCCAGCAGAGAAGAUAGAAGAGGCGAUCGAGAAAUUGGAUGAGAAGAUCAAGACCUUCAAGUUGCAAAUGGUGGAUAGGGAAGCGGGAAAGGAGGUUGCGCUUGGGACGAGUAAGAUCAAUUAUUUGGAUCCUAGAAUCACUGCUGCUUGGUGCAAAAAGUACAGUGUCCCGAUAGAGAAGAUUUUUUCAAAGACGUUAUUGACCAAAUUCCCGUGGGCAAUGGAAGUAGACGACAAGUGGAAGUUCUAGAUGAUUAGUAUGGGAGCACGUUGAAUGUAGACCAGAUUGGCUUUGCACUAGGGACACUUUGGGGACAUGCGGCAUAUUGUUUAUUUGGUUCCCAUCAUUGCAUAUUUCGAGUGUUCUUAUAUUGUCCCGUAGAUGAGAACUUGCGCAAUUCAAAGAUUCAUUUUUUCUC